UCUCUUUUCUUUGUGGAAGGAGAGGCUCUAAGCUACCCCUUCCAUCGGGUAUUGGGUCAGGAAAACCGAAUUUCCAGAGCUGUCCAAAAAAUUCUCUUUGUCUUUACAUGCCAUCUGCUCCUCAACAGCUUUUUCUUUGGUGGGUAUUUGAUUGGAUUGUGCUGCUGCUGCGUUGACUGCUCCCAUGAUUGUGCUGCAGAGAAGUCACCCCAACCCCAGCAAGAUUUUGCUUUCCCCAAAUCUUUCUUCUCUUUUGCAUCCCUUUUUCUGUUCAUUUAAGGAGCAAAAGCAGGUGCUUUUAGGAAAAAGAAGAAAAGCUCAACAACCUAGAGCUACCACAGCUUACUCUUUCUGGGAUUCUGAUUUCUCAGAUGCAUCCAGCCUCAUGUGUUCCUAUGAAGGAACAAGAAAAGAUAGAAUGAAAUUUCAGCUUCCUUUUCACGUACCCCUUUGAACUGAUGCUCUAAUUUACCUUCCUCAAUCCUUCAUUCCAUCUCCUGUUUGCUUACCAUCAGCUUUAUCUCCUAUUUGUCCUGUUUCGCUCCGGGUGCGAAGUGCCAAAUGGACUUUAAAAAGAAGUCACUCAUUGCACUCAUUGUUGUUUGCUCUUCGCUGGGCGCAAGUGCGCUCUUUUUUGUAUGUUGGUGGAGUUUUCGCAGCAAGCGUAAGCGCAGAGCACAAAGAGAUGGUACUCAGAGCUCAGAUUCUGAGGAAGCAGAGAUGGGGCUGUCGGUGACUUCAUUUUUGGAUAGAUUCAGUUCCUUGAAGAUGGUUAACAGGAAGGUUUCUAUUCUAGUGAUGGACUUCAAGAUGUUGGAAAAGGCGACGGAUGGUUUUAAGGAGAGCAACGUAUUGGGGCAAGGUGCAUUUGGCUGUGUUUACAAGGGGAUGUUGGAUGAUGGCAUGCAUAUUGCUGUCAAGAAGCUUGAUUGUGGAAGCCAAGAUGCCUCCAAAGUAUAUGAGAGUGAGGUGGGUUUCUUAAGUAAAAUGCAGCACCCAAAUAUCAUCUCGCUAAUGGGUUACUGUAUCCAUGGUGAGGCAAGGUUUAUCGUUUAUGAACUAAUGCAAAAUGGUUCUUUGGAGACUCAAUUGUAUGGGUCUUCAAAUGGAUCAGCAUUGACAUGGCAUAGACGGAUGAAAAUAGCUCUUGACAUGGCUAGAGGCUUAGAGUAUCUGCAUAAGCAUCGCUAUCCGCCAGUCAUCCACAGAGAUCUGAAGUCAGCUAACAUACUUCUAGAUGCUGACUUCAAUGCCAAGCUUGCAGAUUUUGGGUUAGCUGUGACUGAGGUGACCCGGAAGAAAAACAGGGUAAAGCUAUCGGGCACUUUGGGUUAUGUAGCCCCAGAAUAUGUCUUGGAUGGUAAAUUGACUGAUAAGAGUGAUGUCUAUGCCUUUGGAGUUGUGCUUUUGGAGCUCCUUUUGAGAAGAAGGCCUCUUGAGAUAGUAGCACCCACUCAGUGCCAGUCUAUUGUUACAUGGGCCAUGCCUCAGCUGACCGACCGAACUAAGCUUCCAGAUAUCGUGGAUCCUGUAAUUAGAGAUGCGAUGGAUGUCAAGCACUUAUACCAGGCAGCUGCUGUUGCUGUUUUGUGUCUGCAACCAGAACCGAUCUACCGGCCACUGAUAACGGAUGUACUCCACUCUCUCAUUCCACUUGUACCUGUUGAGCUUGGUGGAACACUGAAGACCUAGGAUCAGCACCCCACCGCCUUCUGAUCUCAUGAUAAUUUUAAAGAUAUGGGUGGUCUCAAGAAGGAACCGGUUUAAUCAAGAUCUUCAAGAGAGUUUCUGCAUAUAGAUAAUUAUAGGCAGUUUGCAUCUCAUAUCGAAAGAGAAUUGGCUUGAUGGAAGAGAAAGAGGUGCAUGUUUGAACAUCAUCGAUGUGAUGCAGGUGUACAGAAGAAAUUCUUAGUCAGGCGAACAAUAGUUCUUCAUUUAGGUGACCAUAGGUUAGGUACAUUCAGUUAACUGCUUGCCCUUCUUCUCCUCGUUUUGAUGAUUACGUCCAGGAAUUGGGAGCAAAUAGAGUCAUUGGCAUUAUUCUCUACUUUCUGUUUGUCGCAAGAUCUCAAUUGUAAUUUGAUGAUUAUACUGUCCUUUUCCUUCAUGGAACCAGAAUCUCACCAUUGGUGAAAACCAUUGUGUGCAAAAGGGGUUCACUCAUAAGUCCAUCGGCUGUAGGAACUUUCUGACAA